UAACGCAGCCAGGCCCGAAAGUGCCGCUCCCUUCUUCCACUUAUAAUUCCAGAGCUUGCCUGGAGGGCGUGGUGAUGGCCGCCGGUUCAGUGCUACGGCGUGUCUCCUCUAAGUGGCUAGUCGUAUGUUCGGUGCUCGGCGGUAGCGGGGCAGCGGCUAUCGCUUCCACAGACGAUCCAGCCACGACUCUGAAGAUCUGUACGUCUGUCCCUCUUCGCCUGCUCCGCAGUGCAUUCACCGCGUCCAUCAUCGCCUUAGAUUAUGAGUACUCGCUGUGGGGACUGCCAGACGGAAGUAAGGAGUGGGCGGAAGCCAAACACGAAGCCCAUGUUCGAUCUGCUCGUCGACUUCGGGAUUUGUGCUUCCAGAAUGGUGGAAUCUAUAUCAAGCUCGGACAGCAUAUCGGCCAAUUGGAAUACUUGGUUCCUAAAGAAUAUGUGCAAAUUAUGAAGGCUUCCAUGCUAAACAGGUGUCCUGUAUCCAAAUAUAAUCAAGUGUGCCAAGUAUUUGUGAAGGAACUUGGUAGAACCCCCAAUGAGGUCUUUGUGGAAUUUGACCCAGUUCCAUUAGCAAGUGCUUCUCUAGCACAAGUCCAUGCUGCUCGAACUCAUGAUGGGAAAAAAGUUGCAGUCAAGGUUCAACAUACUCAUUUGACAGACACUGCGGCCAUAGAUACUGCAAUGGUGGAUUUGAUUGUCAAUUUCUUGAAUUGGUGUUUUCCUGCAUUUGAUUAUAGGUGGUUGGUUGAAGAAAUUCGCGAGAGCCUUCCAAAGGAGUUGGACUUCUUAUAUGAGGCCAAGAACAGUGAGAAGUGCUUGGAAAACUUUAAGAAGCUCUCUCCUCAUCUUGUAAACUACAUAUAUGCUCCAAAGGUGUACUGGAAUUUGAGUACCAGUAGGCUGCUGACAAUGGAAUUUAUGGAUGCUGCAGAAGUGACUGAUGUCUCUGCUAUUCGACGACUUGGCAUUGAUCCAAAUGAUGUUGCUAAACUAGUAAGCCAAGUCUUUGCAGAAAUGAUUUUUAAGCAUGGGUUUGUCCAUUGUGAUCCACAUGCUGCUAACAUGAUGGUGCGUCCAUCUGGAAGAAGUUUUCUGGGUAGAAGAAGGCCCCAGCUGAUUCUGCUGGAUCAUGGAUUGUACAAGACACUUGAUUUUUCUACAAGGACAAGCUAUGCUGCACUUUGGAAGGCUCUUAUAUUUGCUGAUGUAAAUGGAAUAAAAGAAAACAGUGUUAAACUUGGUGCUGGAGAGGAUUUGUAUACCCUUUUUGCAGGAAUCUUGACGAUGCGACCGUGGAAUAGAGUCAUUGAUCCAGCAGUGGAUCAUUUGUUUUUGCAGGGGAAUGCUAGUGACCGUGAAGAACUCCAGUUGUUUAUGCAGAUGUAUGCGUCACAGUAUUUUGUUCAGAUAUCAGAGCUCUUAAGGAGACUCCCACGUGUAAUUCUAUUAAUGCUCAAGACUAAUGACUGCCUGCGAUCUGUCAACCAUUCUCUGGAAUAUUUACUGCCGAUGAAAGUCCAGUAUGUUUGGGACCUUAAAAUGUUGACCGUGCCAAUGCACCGUCACGUUUAGAUUUUUUGGAUAUUUUAAUUUUUUGAAAAUGUUUAGGUAUUUAUCAUUUUUCUUGUGAUUAAGUGUUAACUUAUAGCCUGUAGAAUAAUGAGAAAAAGGCAAGACAGAGCAUAGUAACAAAUCCUGAAAAUUAGGUAAUAGGUAAUUAGUAAAAUAAAUUAAAGACUAGCAACUUUAUUUUUCUUUUUAAGAUCGGGAAUAUAUUCUGGCAAUGAAAUUGGAACUAGCCUUCUGGUGAUCAUGACCUUGAAUGCAAGUAGAACAGAAUAAAUUGUUCAAUAAAUGUACGUGAAAUUCAUUCACCCCAUUGAGCAGGAAUUCAAGAUGUUAAUGAACCACUCGUGAAAAGGGAGGAUCAGAUAGCUGCUUUUUCACAAAAAGUCCGCAACAGGGGAAUGAAGUUUCUAAGUUCACGGUGGGAAGAUGGAAACAGAUUCAUCUUGGAAACAUUCAUCCCUUCCAAUAUUUUUCUAGAACAAAGCUUUAUUUCUUGUGAAAACAGCACAUCAAAGUAUCAUAUGUGGUAUUUAUAACACAAUGUUUCUUGUCUAGCAUAAGAGCAAAAUAAGGGUGAUAAUCAAGUGAACAUUCUAUAGUGAAAGGUAGUAAAAGACCAAAUAAAGUUCGAACAAUCUUAUCGAACAGUCUAUAUGGUUAGUGAGACAGCUUGGAAAAUUGAAAAAUACAGGUUGUAGAUGUGACUUGCAAAACGCGUAAUGAUUCAGGUCCUUGGCUUGUGCAGUAGAUAAUUUUCAUUUUAC